GGGGUAUAUAAGCUAAGGGCUAAAACCUUCAAACUUGGGCAACCCCUAAUAUUGGCUUUGGUGAACAGGAUCUGAUCCCAAGGACUGUUACCUCUUUCUUUUGUGCAGACCACGUAAGAAAGCAAUCAUGCCUUUCGGAAACACUCACAACAACUUCAAACUGAACUUCACCGUUGAGGAAGAGUACCCAGACCUCAGUCAACACAACAACCACAUGGCCAAAGCCCUGACCAAGGAGAUUUACGGCAAGCUGAGGGACAAACAGACCCCCAGCGGCUACACUCUGGAUGAUGUCAUCCAGACUGGAGUGGACAAUCCAGGCCACCCCUUCAUCAUGACCGUUGGCUGUGUUGCUGGUGAUGAGGAAUCUUAUGAGGUUUUCAAGGAUCUGCUGGACCCUAUCAUCUCUGACCGUCAUGGCGGCUACAAGUCCACAGACAAGCACAAGACUGACCUGAACUUUGAGAACCUGAAGGGCGGUGAUGAUCUUGACCCCAACUAUGUUCUGAGCUCACGUGUGCGUACUGGGCGCAGCAUCAAAGGAUACACCCUGCCCCCUCACAACAGCCGUGGUGAGCGCAGAGCUGUUGAAAAGCUGUCUGUUGAGGCUUUGAACAGCCUGGAUGGAGAGUUCAAGGGAAAGUACUACCCCCUUAAGAGCAUGACCGACAAGGAACAGGAGCAGCUGAUUGCUGACCACUUCCUGUUUGACAAGCCUGUCUCCCCCCUGCUGCUGGCUGCUGGUAUGGCUCGUGAUUGGCCUGAUGCAAGAGGCAUUUGGCACAAUGACAACAAGACCUUCCUCGUCUGGGUGAAUGAAGAGGAUCAUCUGCGUGUCAUUUCCAUGCAGCAAGGUGGCAACAUGAGAGAGGUGUUCAGACGUUUCUGCGUGGGCCUGCAGAAGAUUGAGGAGAUCUUCAAGAAGCACAACCAUGGCUUUAUGUGGAAUGAGCAUCUGGGCUAUGUGCUGACCUGCCCCUCCAACCUUGGCACCGGCCUGCGUGGUGGUGUGCAUGUCAAGUUGCCCAAGCUGAGCACACACGCCAAGUUUGAUGAGAUCCUUACCAGGUUGCGCCUGCAGAAACGUGGCACAGGUGGUGUGGACACUGCGUCUGUGGGGGGUGUUUUUGACAUCUCCAAUGCUGACCGUCUGGGCUCCUCUGAGGUUGAGCAGGUCCAGCUGGUAGUUGAUGGUGUGAAACUUAUGGUUGAGAUGGAGAAGAAGCUGGAGAAGGGAGAAGCCAUUGAAAGCAUGAUUCCAGCUCAGAAGUAAAGAGGGAGUUGCACUUUUUAUAUUGUGAAAGCCAACAACACACAUGCCGACAUGGCCUUUCUAGAGACUCUUGACUCCAUUCUUUCAUCCCUAUUCUUUUUUCUCUUCUCUUCCUCCUUUUUCCAUUCUGUCUUUUUCCAUAUUUCCUGUGCUAUUGGUAAAAUCCUGGGAUCACGCCUCCACCACCAGGCAUUCCUGAAAUUGUGACAUCACCAACAUUUUUAUUGGUUUAAGAAUCAGGAAACAAUUCAAUAAAACUAGCCCCAUGACACAAUCAAUAAAGAUGAUCUGGUCUUCA